ACACACACACACACCGAGGGCUCGUGGCAGCUCGGGUCCCGGCACUGAUUGGUGAGUCGGCGGUGGGGCACUCCUCGGCAAGAUGGCUGCAUUGCUGCGCGCAAUAGUGGCAUCCUGGUGAAAUGACGCAAGCCACAGUUUACGUGCAGUCCUCGAGGCUCUGAGCUCUCUGCGCUCUCCCGACGGCGCAGAUCCCGCCCGACUCCUCGCAGCCGGAAGACGGACCCGGCGAUCCUCCAGUGGACCGAGGAGAACCGGUUCAUCUGACACCCUGGUGUCAAAGUGACGGCGUGGCCAGCGACACAGAGCGUCCAGCAUCCUGUCACCGGCGGCUUACAUCAGGGUCACACGGGCUACGAGCACGUACCAGCAAUCCUGUGAGAGUGAGAUGAGGAGAGGCUUCACAGCGUGAGGCCAUGGGCUGCACCUCGGCCAAGCAGGUGUCGGCCGUGCCCAACGAGGAGGAGGGACGCGGCAAGGCCUACAGCAACGGAGACCUCUUCACUGACGAAUACAAGAUGAAGGGAGUGGAGGAGGUGAAGUACAUGAGAGGGGAUGAAAACCGGGUGAACGCACGCAACCAGGAGAACCUGGAGAAGAGUAAUGUGCAGUGCAGGGGCAAACAGCAGAAAGAGGUAUCUUCAGCAAACAUCAAGUCUAACAUUCACACGUCAGAGAGCCAGCAGGAAUUUUUCAGGCUGCUGGAUGAGAAGAUUGAGAAGGGACAAGACUACUGUUCAGAGGAGGAGGAGGAGGAGGAGGAAGAUGGGACAUAGCACAAAGGCCAGCGAGAUUCAUCCUCACAGAGAGCCUCACAACGUGUGUGUGUGUGUGUGUAAAUGCGGAUGUGUGUGUGUAUGUGUGCCUGAGAGAGAGUGAGAGGGACACGGUAUAUGUUGGUAUGCGUGUGUUUUUGGACGUAUGGCAAAGAUAGUAUUUUAAUCGAAAGAGUGGUGGAGAGAGAAAGAGAAAGAGAGAAAAAUGGGAUGAAGAGCACUUUCUUCAGAGACUCCUGAGCGCACAGAUGGAGGUGGCGGAGCGAUGAAGAGGCGGACAGGUGAAAGGAGGGAGAGGUGGCGGAGGACGUGACGGAGCAGGAGCCCGUCGGCUCAAACUGAGGGACUUCACCCGGCGGCUCCUCGUCCCUCCAUCCGUCCCUCCGUGUAUCCGGCUGCACCGCCCCGUGUUUUUUUCCCCCCGAUCCUGGAUAUUUCCCCCAUGCAAGUGGGCAAAGGAACUCCUAAACGUGGAGCUCCCACGACGGAGGCGUGUCCUCGGUGUGUGUGUGUGUGUGUUGGGGACGAGACACGAGACCAAAAGGAGGCCCUCGGGGUCGGCAGAGGUGUUGCGCAACACCAGCAGGGUCCGCACUGAACUUCUCGGCCUGCCUACCUACAGCCGGGCCGACUGGGCCGACUGGGACUGAGUAUGGGUGAGGAGGCGGGCGAGGAAAGAGAGCGACAAAUGUGUGAUAUUUUAAUAAGAGAGAUUAGGGAGCGAGCCGGUGAUUUAGAAACUAAAGACUCCCCUGCCUUCUGAAGUCGAGGACAUUUUUUAUUUUUAUUUUUGUUGUGUUUCGCAGCUACAUGUUCAGUUACCCCCCCCCCCCUCCUUUUUUCUGAUGUUAUUUUUCUUCAGUUUGUUUUACUCUUGGCUUCCUUUGUAGUGCAUCAUCAUCAUCAUCACCAAUUCCAUUAUCAUCCUCCUCACCACAGCAGGCAGGCUGAAGCUGUGUUAAUUCAGAUCAUCUGUCUCAACCCAAUCCAUCCUCCUUCAUAUAAUAAUAAUAAUACUGCACAUCCAAGCCCCCCCCCCGCACACACACGCAUACAGUCUUAUUUUGUACAUAUCGUAGCACACUCUCAUUCCAACAAACCUCAGCAUGUACAUAUAAACCAUACAAACACACUAACACACACACACAUUGUAUCCCUUUUCAUUUCACCAGCAGUCAUGUGCAUCAUAAAGCUCUGUUUCUGCUUUGAUUCAGUGCACACACACACGCACAUACACACACACAUACACACACACAAGCAGAAAACAGGGCUAAGCUCAAGGGGAGGAUGCGUCGUUUCCCUGUAGACACAGAUCACUUUUUCUCUUUACUUAUUUUGUUUCGUCUUUACCGGAUACUUCCUGUUCUAUUAUUUUGGAUACUUUUUUUUCUAUUAAAAAUAAAAACGAAGAAGAUCUUA